CUCAUUUCCUUUAACCAUACUCCCUGCAAACACAACUCACCUCUACUUCUCUUUCUAUCUGCUCCCAUCCCCAGUUAAGCUAUCUCAUCUUCUUCUACGAUCAAAACUCAAAAAAGUACCAGCUAGGCUAUCUCAAACCUCAACCCAGCUAUCUAGCUAGCUAGCUAUAUAUCAUGAAAUCACACUCGGUUUCAUCUCCACCUUAUUCAACUCCCGCCAAUUCAUCUCCUCUUGCAAGAUUACGUCGUAAACUAUCUCCAAGGAAAUCCCACGACAAACCACAUCCCACAAGCGUCAACAACUCAACUAGUGCUCUUAAUGUGGUAGAUCACAACAACGAGCUCCGAGGGGUCUUCAAUUACUUUGACGAAAAUGGAGAUGGAAAGAUAUCUCCUGCUGAGUUACAGUCCUGUAUUACCUCUGUUGGAGGUAAGCUUUCCAUCGAGGAAGCUGAGGCUGCCAUCAGGUUCUCUGAUAUGGAUGGAGACGGGCUUUUGGGGUUCCAGGACUUCCUAUGCUUGAUGACAGGCAAUCUUUCAGAGGAAGAGAAGACCGAGGAUCUCAGACAGGCUUUUGGAUUGUACGAGACUGAGCCUGGCUCUGGCUGCAUCACUCAUUCCAGCUUGAAGCGGAUGUUGAGUCGAUUGGGGGAGUCCAAUUCCAUCAACGACUGCAAGGCUAUCAUCCGUACCUUCGACCUCAAUGGAGACGGUGUUCUUAGCUUCCACGAGUUUGCUGUCAUGAUGCGCUAGUUCAUUCCCAUCCAUGCCCUGCCCUUCUCCCACUUCAUAUAUGUACAUCCGUGUUCUAUCAGUUGAAAUAAAAAUAAAAUAGUAGAAUAGAAAUUGGCCGAGUGGUGAAUGGCUCCGCUCUCCAAAACUGAUACCAUUCUUUGUGAACUAUUUGAGUGUUCGAAUCCAUCUCUCCUUGAUUCAUUUGUUCUCCUUGAAUUGUUAAAUAUUCAUUAUUUUUCUGUGCA